CCUGGUUAGAGAGCAUUGUAAUCCAAACACAAUUUUUACAAUUUUAGCUUUAGCCGUUUUUUAAAUUGAAUAAGCUUAGUAUUACACAGAUUGGACAAUGGGCUUAGUACUGAUUAAGUUUUUACGAUCAACGUAUUCUACUUUGAGCGGCGGAAAGAAACAGCCUCUCAACCUAAGCGUCUACAAUGUGCAGGCUACGAACAUUCCACCAAAAGAGACACUGGUCUACACAAAGCAGACCCAGACGACCAGUACCGGAGGCGGAAACGGCGAUGUGCUUGCAUUUGAUGCCCAAGGAGACGACGAAGAGAGCUCACUGCAGAACCUGGGCAACGGAUUCACCUCCAAGCUGCCACCGGGCUAUCUCACCCACGGCCUGCCCACCGUUAAGGACGUCGCCCCGGCCAUCACACCACUCGAGAUCAAGAAGGAGACUGAAGUGAAGAAGGAGGUCAACGAGCUGUCCGAGGAGCAGAAGCAGAUGAUCAUACUGUCGGAGAACUUCCAGCGGUUCGUGGUGCGUGCCGGCCGCGUCAUCGAACGGGCCCUCUCGGAGAAUGUGGACAUAUACACGGACUACAUCGGCGGCGGCGACAGCGAGGAGGCGAACGACGAGCGAUCGCAUGCGCGGCUCUCGCUGAACCGCGUCUUCUACGACGAGCGCUGGUCGAAGAACCGCUGCAUCACCAGCAUGGACUGGUCCACCCACUUCCCCAAGCUGGUGGUGGGCUCGUACCACAACAACGAGGAGAGUCCGAACGAGCCGGACGGCGUGGUGAUGGUGUGGAACACCAAGUUCAAGAAGAGCACGCCCGAGGACGUCUUCCACUGCCAGAGCGCGGUGAUGUCCACCUGCUUUGCCAAGUUCAAUCCCAACCUGAUCCUCGGCGGCACCUAUUCGGGCCAGAUUGUGCUGUGGGACAAUCGCGUGCAGAAGCGCACGCCCAUACAGCGCACGCCCCUCAGUGCCGCGGCGCACACGCAUCCCGUCUACUGCCUCCAAAUGGUGGGCACCCAGAAUGCGCACAACGUCAUCUCCAUAUCCUCGGACGGCAAGCUGUGCUCCUGGUCGCUGGACAUGCUGUCGCAACCACAGGACACGCUGGAGCUGCAGCAGCGCCAGUCGAAGGCCAUUGCCAUUACAUCGAUGGCCUUCCCGGCCAACGAGAUCAAUAGCCUGGUGAUGGGCAGUGAGGACGGCUACGUCUACUCCGCCUCGCGCCACGGCCUGCGCUCCGGGGUCAACGAGGUUUACGAACGCCAUCUUGGCCCUAUCACUGGCAUAUCCACGCACUACAACCAGCUGUCGCCGGACUUUGGCCACCUCUUCCUAACCUCGUCCAUCAAGAUCUGGUCGCUAAAGCUACCCAUUUCAAGUUGCCAGUUCUCUGUCGUCUCCGGAAUUAAUUCAAAUAAGCCGCUGUACUCCUUUGAGGACAACUCCGACUACAUGAUGGACGUCGCCUGGUCGCCCGUGCAUCCCGCACUCUUCGCCGCCGUCGACGGCAGCGGUCGCCUGGACCUGUGGAACCUCAACCAAGACACGGAGGUGCCGACCGCCUCGAUUGUCGUGGCGGGAGCACCAGCCCUUAACCGCGUCUCUUGGACCCCAUCCGGUCUGCACGUGUGCAUCGGCGACGAGGCCGGCAAGCUGUACGUGUACGACGUGGCCGAGAACCUGGCGCAGCCAUCGCGCGACGAGAUCAAGAUGAACCAGAGCGAUGAGGUCUAGGACGAUAUAGUUAACUGGUAGUUGAGAGUCGGUACCACUUUUGCUAAUCUUACAGGAGCGACCUUGAAUGAAAUUUAAUUUGUAUUUUUGUAUCUUUUGUGAUCCCGCUACUGUGUAUAGCCCAGAACUCAAAACUUAACCGCAGUCCAAGUGCUCAGAAUCACUCCAAAGCCCCCAAGAAAUCAGGGGAAACUGCAAAAUUCUCUAGAUGACCACAGUAACUGUAACUGUAACUGUAUUAUUUUGUUACUCAAUAUUGGUUUCAUUUCAUAGCUAUUUUCCCAGUUCUGUUCCCACCAAAAAUCGCAACCAAAUUGGCUAUUCCGACUCCCCGGAAAUUUGAUUGGUGGUGGUAACUGAACUGCAAAUAGGAUUCAUACUUGAUUUUAAAUUAGUGCAACUAACAAGAUUGCAGAAAGAUCGUUUAUUGUUUAUUCGACUGUCGGGCAGGCUGAAAGCAACACAUAAAUAAAUUAAAUGCUACAUAUU